AUGGAUGAAUUGUACCGAGCAUCCUUGGAGGAGGACCCAGGCAAUGCCCUCUUUCUCCGAAACUACGCUCAGUUUUUGUACGAGGAGCAGCCGCCGCCGCGAUGCGCAUUGCGGCCAGCUUCGGGCCGCAAAGCGCAUCGCGCCGACCGGGCCGCCGCCGCCGCGAUGCGCAUUGCGUCCUGCUUUUGGCCGCUCCGCGCAUCGCGCCGACCAGGCCGCCGCCGUCGCAAUGCGCAAUGCGGCCACCCUGCCGGCCGCAUUGCGACGAUCCGCCACCGUGAUGCGCUAACCCGCCGCUCCCAUACGCUCUCAUUCCCUCUCACCCACUCUCUUACGCUCUCAUUCCCUCUCACCCACUCUCUUACGCUCUCAUUCCCUCUCACCCCAUCUCUUACGCUCUCAUUCCCUCUCACCCCCUCUCUUACGCUCUCAUUCCCUCUCACCCACUCUCACACCCUCUCAUUCCCUCUCACCCACUCUCAUACGCUCUCAUUCCCCCCACCCACUCUCAUACGCUCUCAUUCCCUCUCACCCACUCUCAUACGCUCUCAUUCCCUCUCACCCACUCUCAUACGCUCUCAUUCCCUCUCACCCACUCCCAUACGCUCUCAUUCCCUCUCACCCACUCUCUUACGCUCUCAUUCCCUCUCACCCACUCUCUUACGCUCUCAUUCCCUCUCACCCCAUCUCUUACGCUCUCAUUCCCUCUCACCCCCUCUCUUACGCUCUCAUUCCCUCUCACCCACUCUCACACCCUCUCAUUCCCUCUCACCCACUCUCAUACGCUCUCAUUCCCCCCACCCACUCUCAUACGCUCUCAUUCCCUCUCACCCACUCUCAUACGCUCUCAUUCCCUCUCACCCACUCUCAUACUCUCUCAUUCCCUCUCACCCACUCUCAUACGCUCUCAUUCUCUCUCACCCACACUCAUACGCUCUCAUUCCCUCUCACCCACUCUCAUACGCUCUCAUUCCCUCUCACCCACUCUCAUACGCUCUCAUUCCCUCUCACCCACUCUCAUACUCUCUCAUUCCCUCUCACCCACACUCAUACGCUCUCAUUCCCUCUCACCCACACUCAUAG